CACAGAAUUUCCGUUUCUUUUUGCUUUCGGCAGGUUGCGCUGUGUUCCGGUGACUAUGGUUCCGGGUUUAGAAAUAAUUCCAAGUUUUAUUUCAUAUAUGGGAUAGAAUUUAAAUCUGUAUCACAAUGAAUCGCCCAAAACCGACAGCAAUCAGGCGCCCAAGCAGUGCUGCUAAAACCUCCGGGCAUGCUCCACCUGGAGAUUUUAUAGCACUGGGCUCCAAGGGCCAGACCAGUGAGCCCAAAGCCCCCGCUGUUCUGCUCAAGCCAGCCUCGACUGGUUUACCUGCUGAUCGGAAGAGGGAAGCCACAUCAGCGCUUCCAUCUGCCGGGUUGUCGGGUCUCACCAAACGGCCAAAACUCUCCUCCACACCUCCACUGAGUGCUCUGGGGCGGUUGGCCGAUGUCGCCGCAGCUGACAAGCGAGCCAUCUCACCUUCUAUAAAGGAACCUUCAGUUGUGCCAAUUGAAAUCCCUCCUGCACUGCUGCUGGAUGAGAUUGAGGCUGCGGAGGGAGAAGGCAACGAUGAUCAGAUUGAGGGUGUGCUUUGCGGGGCUGUGAAGCAGCUGAAAAUGAACCGAGCAAAACCAGAUAUCACCUUGUACCUGAGCCUGAUGUUCCUGGCUAAAAUCAAACCCAACGUUUUUGCUACAGAAGGUGUCAUUGAGGCUCUUUGUAGCUUGCUGCGGCGCGAUGCCUCUAUAAACUUCAAAGCAAAGGGGAACAACCUUGUCUCUGUGCUGGCUUGCAAUCUCCUCAUGGCUGCCUACGAGGAGGAUGAGAACUGGCCAGAAAUAUUUGUGAAGGUGUACAUUGAGGACUCCUUGGGAGAGAGGAUCUGGGUGGAUAGUUCACACUGUAAAAACUUUGUUGACAACAUCCAGACAGCUUUUGGAACCAAAAUGCCCCCGAAGAGCAUGCUGUUACAGAUAGAUACAGGGCGUUCCAGUGGCGAAGUCAGUGCAGGCAGCAGUCCCCACCCUUCCAAUCCUGAUGAGGAUGAUAAUCAAGCAGAGCUACUGAUUGCAGAGGAGAAGCUGAGUCCUGAGGAUGAGGGACAGGUCAUGCCCAGAUAUGAAGAGUUGGCAGAGAGCGUGGAAGACUAUGUCCUGGAUGUCUUGCGGGACCAGUUAAACCGCCGACAGCCCAUGGACAACGUAUCCCGGAAUCUACUGCGGCUACUGACGGCCACCUGUGGCUACAAGGAUGUUCGGCAAAUGACUGUGCAGCGACUGGAGAUGUGGCUUCAGAACCCGAAGCUGACUCGUCCAGCCCAGGAUCUGCUCAUGUCUCUCUGUAUGAACUGCAACACUCACGGUACUGAGGACAUGGAGGUUGUUUCCAGUCUAAUUAAAAUCCGCCUGAAACCCAAAGUCCUCCUCAACCACUACAUGCUCUGCGUCAGGGAGCUGCUGAAUGCACACCGAGAUAACCUGGGUACGAUGGUGAAGUUUUUGAUUUUUAAUGAGCUGUCAAAUGCCAGAAAUCCAAAUAACAUGCAGGUCCUCUAUACUGUUCUGCAGCACAGUCCUGAGCAAGCUCCAAAGUUCCUGGCGAUGGUUUUUCAGGACCUUCUGACCAAUAAGGAUGAUUACCUGCGUGCAUCUCGAGCCCUGCUGAGGGAGAUUAUCAAACAGACGAAGCACGAGAUCAAUUUUCAGUCGUUCUGCUUGGGGCUGAUGCAGGAGAGGAAAGAACCCACGUAUGUUGACUUGGAAUUUAAAGAGCGUUUUGUAAGCCAGAUAACAGAUCUGCUCACUGUCUCCAUGAUGUUGGGAAUCACUGCUCAAGUAAAAGAGGCUGGGAUCGCCUGGGACAAAGGAGAGAAAAAGAACUUGGAAGUGUUGCGUGCGUUUCAGAAUCAGAUUGCUGCCAUCCAGCGGGAUACAGUGUGGUGGCUGCACACUGUUGUCCCCACCAUCAGCAAAGUGGGGGCUAAGGAUUAUGUCCACUGCCUCCACAAACUCCUUUUCACUGAGCAGCCUGAGACCUAUUAUAAAUGGGAUAACUGGCCACCAGAGAGUGACAGAAAUUUCUUCCUUCGCCUCUGCUCUGAGGUCCCCCUGCUGGAGGAUACACUGAUGCGCAUCCUGGUGAUCGGACUGUCACGUGACCUGCCACUGGGUCCUGCAGACGCCAUGGAGCUGGCUGACCACCUGGUGAAGAGAGCGGCUGCUGUCCAAUCAGAUGGUACCCGGGACCUGGAUGUUUUAAGGGUUGAAAGAAUUCAACUGAUUGAUGCUGUUCUUAACUUGUGUACCUACCACCAUCCUGAGAACAUUCAGCUCCCCCCUGGGUACCAACCACCAAACCUGGCUAUAUCCACACUGUACUGGAAAGCCUGGCUGCUAUUGCUGGUUGUGGCUGCCUUUAACCCGCAGAAUAUAGGCUUGGCUGCGUGGGAUGGCUACCCCACUCUGAAAAUGCUGAUGGAGAUGGUCAUGACCAAUAACUACUCAUACCCUCCCUGUACCGUGGCGGAUGAGGAAACCAAGACAGAGAUGAUAAACCGGGAGCUGCAGAUUUCCCAGAGAGAGAAGCAGGAGAUCCUGGCUUUCGAGAGCCACCUGGCUGCAGCAUCGACCAAGCAGACGAUUACAGAGAGCAACAGCCUCCUACUGUCGCAGCUAACCAGCCUCGACCCACAGGGCCCUCCGCGUAGGCCACCCCCUCAAGUCCAAGAACAAGUGAAGAGUUUAAACCAAUCCCUGCGUCUCGGACACUUGCUGUGUCGCAGUCGCAGCCCCGACUUCCUUCUCAACAUCAUCCAGAGACAGGCCUCUUCACAGUCCAUGCCCUGGUUAGCAGACCUUGUACAGUCGAGUGAAGGGUCCUUGGAUGUGCUGCCUGUGCAGUGCCUCUGUGAAUUCCUGCUGCAUGACGCUGCAGAUGACCCGUGUUCGGUCGAGGAGGAUGAGGAAGGAGAGAGCAAGGAGCAGAGAGUUAAAAAGCGACAGAGACUGCAAAAACAAAGGCAGCUUCUUGGGCGCCUACAGGAUCUGCUGUUGGGUCCCAAAGCAGAUGAACAGACUACAUGUGAGGUGCUGGACUACUUCCUACGGCGGCUCAGUUCAUCUCAGGUUGCAUCAAGGGUUCUUGCCAUGAAGGGCUUGUCGUUGGUCCUGACGGAGGGCGGGCUGCGUGAUGGUGAGGAACGGGACCAACCCAUGGAGGAAGACUCUGGGGAUGCUGAGCUGCUUCCUGGCUAUCAGUGGCUGCUGCAGGAUCUGCCCAAACUACCUUUAUUUGAUAGUGUUCGAGGCAUGACGUCAGUUGCAUUGCAACAGGCUAUCCACAUGGAGACAGACCCACAGACCAUCAGUGCCUACCUGAUCUACCUAUCCCAGUACUCACCAGUGGAGGAGCAAGGCCGUCAUAAUGAUCUUGCCUUGGAUGUUGCACGGCUGAUUGUGGAGCGAUCCACCAUCAUGUCCCACCUCUUUUCCAAGCACUCCUACAGGCCAGAGUCAGAAGCUGUGCUCUCAGCACUUGUCUCUGUCUUUUCCAAAUACAUCAGGAGGAUGAGAAAAACCAAGGAGGGGGAGGAUUUAUACAGCUGGUCAGAGUCUCAGGACCAGAUUUUCCUGCGUUGGACGACUGGUGAGACUGCCACCAUGCACAUCCUGGUCGUCCACGCCAUGGUCAUUUUGCUGACCCUGGGGCCCCCGAAAGGUGAGAGUGAUUUCUACAGCCUGCUGGAUAUCUGGUUCCCAGAAAAGAAGCCCCUCCCUACUGCCUUCCUCGUGGACACCUCAGAGGAGGCUCUGCUGCUUCCCGAUUGGCUUAAACUCAGAAUGAUCCGGUCAGAAGUCUCUCGAUUGGUGGAUGCAGCAUUACAGGACCUUGAGCCCCAGCAGUUGCUGCUGUUUGUGCAGUCGUUUGGUAUCCCGGUAUCCAGUAUGAGCAAGCUGUUGCAAUACCUGGACCAGGCUGUGUCCCAUGACCCCCAGACACUCGAACAGAACAUCAUGGAUAAGAACUACAUGGCUCAUCUUGUUGAGGUUCAGCACGAGAGAGGAGCAACUGGUGGGCGCACUUUCCACACCCUGCUCAGUGCCUCCCUCUCCUCCCGCAGAGACAGCGCUGACCGGAAAGGACCUAAAGUGAGUGUGGAGGACCCUCAGGGGCCGGUACGGAUCCGAGCGGCCAGUCAAAUUCCAGUAAUUGGACCCGACGAUGACCUGGCUGGAAUGAUUCUUCAGCUGUUUCCCCUGAACGCUGAUCCCAGGUGGCAGAGCUCGAACCCUCGGGCGGUAUGUCUUUCUCUACAGCAGGCGCUGGCCCAGGAGCUGGCCCGUAUCCGUCAAGGGAAUGCCCAGGUGACAGGCAUCGCAGUGCGGCUACUCCAGGCCAUCGUGGUGCUGCUGAACUCUCCGCACGGCGGGGCUCUCGUCAUGGCGAUGGAACAGAACCACGUCAUGUCCUGCCCCCUGAUGCGCCAGCUCUACCAGUACCAGCGCUGUGUUCCCCAGGACAUGGCUUUUUCCUCCCUGUUCUUCAAGGCAGUCAGGCAGAUGCUCACCUGGCUGGAGAAUCCUGCAGUGGAGGGGGGUGCCCUGCAAGCUCAGCUCAAAUCAUUCGCUGCUCAGUACUCUCUCAAACACCGACUCAGUGAUGUUCGAACAGGAUUCCUUCAUUUGGCCGAUGCUCUUGCCUAUCAACAUGAAUCUGAAGCCACUGUGCGUACAAUUAUUGCAACACUGAAAUCUGGAGAGAGGUGCAAUGCAGAGGCAGAGUUGGUUGGCAAAGUGCUCCAGGGCUUGAUUGAGGCAAAGUCCUCAUACCUGGAGGAAUUCCUGUCCGUGCUGCUGACCAUUGGCAUGGAAACCGUUACCAAGCACCCAGUUGCAGGUCCCGUCUCCAUGGUGAACACACUACUUCUCCAAGAAGGUGAUGAGACAUCCGUCAAAAUGGAAGCUGAUGCAGGAAGCAUGGAAAUGGCCAAUACAGUGUCCUCCUCUGGGCUGCUGAUUGACUGGCUGGAACUGCUUGAUCCUGAAGUUAUCUCUAUCUGUCCAGACCUGCAACAGAGGCUCCUGUUUGCUUGGAAAAAGGGUAAAGAAAGCAUGGGGGCACAGACACCCACUUACAGGCCAUAUCUAUUGGCUUUGCUGACGCACCAAUCGAACUGGACCACCUUGCAUCAGUGCAUCAGUAUUCUACUCAGCAAGCAAAGAGAACUCAGACUUGACCCAUCACCCUCACUGGAUUUCCUCUGGGCAUGCAUUCACAUUCCCCGCAUCUGGCAGGGCCGUGACCAGAAAACUCCACAGAAGAGGACAGAUGAGUUUGUUUUGUGCUUGAAGCCCCCUGAGUUGAUCUGCCUGGUUGACCUGAUUCUCUCAGAGUCUGAAAUGAACAGCCGUAGCCACUCCCAAAGCAAGACGACACUGGAUGAGGCUUCCUGCUCGCUUAUCCAAUCACGACUGCCCUUACUGCACAGCUGUUGCCAUGGAGACCUAGAGAGUGUCAAGAAGGUGUCAGAGUAUCUCAUUAACUGCAUCAAGAAGUGGGGAGACAGCGUGAUGAGUAAACGCUGCCAGAACCUCCUGCUACAGAUCUACCUGCAGGUUCCGGAAGUGAUCCAACACGUGACGCUGCCAGACGCCAUCCUUAGCAGUGAGGGAGCAGCAGAUGGCAGCAUCUGUAAGCUGGAUGUCCUGGUGCACCGUUUGAUCACCUUGCUGGCUGAGACAGGAGACUCCAAGUCAGCAGAGAACCGCAUGUCUGAUGCCAACAUGGCUUGCAGGAAGCUAGCCGUGGCACACCCAGUGCUUCUACUCAGACACCUGCCUAUGAUCGCAGCUUUGCUCCAUGGUCGUAUCCACUUGAAUUUCCCGGAAUUCCGACAGCAGAACCACCUGUCAUUCUUUACUCAUGUCCUCGCCAUUCUGGAGCUGUUGCAUCCACUUGUGUUCCAGACUGAACACCAGAGGGCACUGCAGGACUCUCUCCUGUCUUUCAUACAGGUCCUACAGAACUUUAGGAGGUAUUCCCGACAGCUUUCUCCCCUCAUCAGUAAAUUUGUCCAGUGCAUUCAGAAAUAUUUAACGCAUGAUGCUGGGGCUGCAGUUCCAUUCCUUCAGAAGCACUCGGACAUCCUGCAGGGUCUCUCCUCGGAAAACCCUGACAUGCUGCAGUUAAAAUCUCUCCUGACUGGCCUUACGCUCCCAUUGAAGAGUGAAUCAGCAGACAGUGCUGCAGAGGACCGAGAGGAGGAGCCAUCUACUGGGUCCCUCCCACUGGUCAACAUUUCAGCUUCUGCACCCUUGACUGCAUCAGACAUGACAAAAUGCCUGAGAAAUAUAGCCAGAGGAGAGGCACUGGAAGACAUCCUGGAGGUUCUAAGUGAAGUUGAUGAGAAAUCUAAAAGAAAUCCGGAAAUUCUACCUUACUUCACUAAUGAUUUUCAGAGCCUGAUGAAUUCCCCUGAGGAGGUGUGUCGUAAUAUGGCUUUCAGUCUGGCGCUACGCUGCAUCCAGAACAACCCUUGCUUGGCUGUUGAUUUCUUGCCGACAUUCAUGUACUGCAUGGGCAGCGGCAACUUCGACGUGGUGCAGACUGCUCUCAGGAACCUUCCAGAAUAUGUGCUGCUCUGUCAAGCAGAGCAUGCUGAUAUCCUGUUGCACAAAGCAUUCCUGGUGGGGAUAUAUGGUCAGAUCGACACCAGCUCUACCAUCUCAGAAGCCAUGAAGGUCCUCCACAUGGAGGCAACAACCUAAAACCCCCUUGCAACAGAUCUAUCUAGAGCCUGGGACCCGGGCAGGGAGCCAGCAUCAUGUUCACUGUCUGCCACUGAGGUGGAACGAAGAGGAAUGACACCUAGCAAGAAGCUGCCUUUUUUAUCAGAAGGGAGGGAAGUGGCAGAGUUUAAGAGGGUUAGUGAUGGUCCUGAUGGGCUACUGCCACAGUGACAGCCUUGUGUGUUUCAAUCACAGCCUUGUUUAUUAGCUGUAACAUUUGAUCUCCCUCUAUCAUCACUGAGCUCACCACCCUGACAUAAGACACAUUAAUAAUAAUAUGAGACUCUGCCAGAGUCAACUAGAAUGGAGCUAAUAAUAAUGAUGUAGUAAUAAUAGAAAUAAAACCAGUUUUUAAACACUUAGACUAAUUGAACAAUGUUUUUUUUUUUUUAAUGGUUUCAGUUGCAAUGUCAACAGAUCCUGUAAAGAAUUACUGAGCCGUGAUGUUUUCUGCAGAGCUUGUGUACACAAGCUCUGCUCUUCUGCUUUUCGUUUUUGUUAUGUUUACAGGAGGAAAACUUCAUGUACAAGUAAUAAUAAAUCAAACCUCUUUCGCAUUUAAAAACUUGACACCAGUGAGGCUAAAUUCCAUCAAAUGCCAAGGGGGUUGGCCAUUACACCAUAGCUUGUUUGCUGUGUUCCUAAAACUUAAAUGAUUUCUUGCCAUAUGUAUUUUAGCUAGUUGGUUACAUAAUUACCGUUGACGAACAGGAAGUUAGAACAGGAUAUCCAUGUGUGACUAAAACAAACUACUUUGAACUAUUUGCCAACAAUAAAAAACUUUAAUUAUAUACAAAAACAAAAACGCAUUAAACAAUAUAGUGGCACCAGCAGAAUAGU